AUCAUUUGGAAUCUCAUAUCAUCACUCCUCCUCAUGAGUGUAAAAACAUUAUAUAAUUCAUUCUCGACUUCCAUAAGUCUUUCUUUAUAUGUUUUAAAACAUUAUAAAACAUUAUAUGUUUUAAAAAUUGGUCCCGCUAAAUCAAUAUAGCACCGUUCGAUCUUUUUUCCAUUCAUACGCUUAAAGAAAAUGGCGGAUCCUUCUCCUCCCAGAUCUCUCAUUGACUCCAGAAGUGGCUUCUGCAAAGCAAACUCGACUUUCUACACCAAACGCAACCCAUUGGGCCUCCCGGCGAAUCCUUCCCUCGACGUCACAACUUUCAUCUCCUCUCAGCCGCACCGCGGCACCACCGCCUUCAUCGACGCCGCUACUGGCCACAGCUUGAGCUUCUCCGAUCUCUGGAGAGCCGUGGAUCGCGUCGCCGAGUGUCUCCACCGUGACGUCGGUAUACGGAGAGGCGACGUCGUCCUCAUUCUCUCUCCUAACUCCAUCUACAUUCCGGUCGUCUGCCUCUCCGUCAUGUCUCUCGGCGCCGUCGUCACCACCGCGAACACUCUCAACACCGCCGGUGAGAUUUCGAAACAGAUCGCCGACAGCAACCCGACGCUCGCCUUCACGACGGUCCAGCUGGCACCCAAACUCCCCGCCGGUAUCUCCAUCGUUCUCACCGAGGAGGAGCGCGUGGGGUCUACUGGCGGAGUCAACUUCGUCGGUUCUGUGUCCGAGAUGAUGAGGAAGGAGCCGAGAGGGCAGCGAGUGAGAGACCGAGUCCACCAGGACGACACGGCGGUGAUGCUUUACUCCUCGGGCACCACAGGACCGAGCAAAGGUGUGCUCUCGUCUCACGGGAACUUGACUGCUUACGUGGCGAGAAUGCUCACGGAGACGUCAAUGCACGGGACAUUCAUCUGCACCGUCCCGAUGUUCCACACGUACGGACUACUAACAUUCGCUAUGGCCACCGUAGCCAUCGGUUCCACGGUGGUGAUCCUCCGGAGAUUCGAGCUCAACGACAUGAUGGCAGCGGUGGAGAAGUAUAAAGCCACGACUCUGCUUUUGGUGCCGCCAGUUUUGGUGGCUAUGGUCAACGAAGCAGAUUCUAUCAAGGCGAAGUACGAUCUGAGCUCACUUAAGACAGUGAGGUGUGGUGGAGCGCCGUUGAGCAAGGAGGCAACGGAGGGGUUUUUAGAAAAAUAUCCAACGGUCAAUAUAUUUCAAGCGUAUGCGUUGACGGAGUCAAACGGUGGUGGAGCUUUCAUUGACACGGUGGAGGACAGCCGGAGAUUCGGCACGUCGGGGCCGUUGACGUCUGAUGUGGAGGCGAGGAUCGUGGAUCCGGAUACGGGUCGGUUUAUGGGAAUUAACCAAACCGGUGAGCUCUGGCUCAAGGGCCCGACUAUUGCAAAAGGUUAUUUUAAAAACCAAGAAGCUACAAAUGAAACCAUCAACGCCGAAGGGUGGCUUAAAACAGGAGACCUUUGCUAUAUCGAUGAGGAUGGAUUUGUUUUCGUUGUGGACCGAUUGAAAGAACUGAUCAAAUACAAAGGCUAUCAGGUGCCUCCAGCUGAACUCGAAGCUCUUCUAAUCACUCAUCCAGACAUUCUCGAUGCCGCCGUUAUUCCGUUUCCGGAUAAAGAAGCAGGACAAUAUCCAAUGGCUUACGUGACAAGAAAGGUUGAGAGCAACCUCUCUGAGAAACAAGUUAUUGAGUUCAUCUCUAAGCAGGUGGCACCGUAUAAGAAAAUAAGAAAGGUCGCAUUUAUAAACUCCAUACCAAAGACUGCAUCCGGCAAAACACUUCGCAAGGAUCUAAUCAAACUGGCCACUUCUAAACUUUGAAAUGACCUAUUUGCUAGAUUCUCAGCUUUACUGACUGUGUUUGUUUAUUUUAAUAAGUGAGAAGUUUUAAUAAUGUGGAAUAAUUUAAAAGGAGACUUAUAAAAAUGUUGAGGCAAUUUGCUAAUGGAUGUUUUCUUUUUGACUACC